UCAACAUGACGAUGUUUGUCAACGGUCUCUUCAUUGUCCUCCUGGCUGUCCUUGCGCCAUCACUGGGAUCUCAGCCUGGACCAGAUGAGCUCCCCGACAAGCUCGCUGGCAUUUUGACUCAACUAGAAAAUGCUAAGGCUGAAUUCCAAAGUAUCUUUGAUGUUACAAACGAACAGUGUCCAUGUCAGACUCCAGGGGAUUGUUUUGAAAGUGAUCUCGAAGCCCUCAACAGCACACUUUGUGAUCUUAUCAACAAUCUCACAGCAUUGAUCGGGGAUCAAUCAACGGACUGUCCUGCACUCGAGGGAUGCGCUGCCCUUGUUUCUGGAUUCGAUUCAUCUGAUAUUGCUGUGGUUGACCCAGUUGGAACCAUCCUGCCAAAUAUAGAAGCGAAUCGUACUGUCGGGCCUCUUACAGUUGUUGGAGCCAAUAAUAGCGAUUACUCCAUCUAUUACGGCAGCAAUGGGGCAUUUUUUACGGUUAAUCAACUGUCCCUUCCCAGUGAGGAUGAAACUGUAGAAUAUACUUUUUCUACGUCUGCAACAAGAGUGAAAGGCAUUGCUUAUCUUGAUGAUAAAAUAUUCGUUGCCCUUGAGAAUUUUAUUGGAUUUAUCAAUGACAUUGCGAGGAUUUCUGGUGGAAGUGUGACGCAUCUUCGCAGUGUACCCUGUCCUGGAACUGUCAGAAGUUAUGAUGGGCGAGUGUAUUUCAGCAGUUGCAAAGAAAUUCAAAGCUUCAGGCCAACUGCUGUCGCCGAUUUGGAAACCAAUGUGAAGUUUUCAAUGAACAUGCGUUCGUUUGAUGUCAUUGACCAAGAUAACACAGUGUUUUGUGAUGAUACUGGUGCGUUAUGGAUCUACAACGAUGUCACCGCAUGUUUCAAGCUGCUGGACUGUAGUGUACAAUGUAGGGACGUCAAGGUCAACCGCUGUUCAUCGCUUGUCUACGUGGCCUCCAGUUCUGUCAGCCAUCUUAGCAUUUUCAACUCCACAUCCUACGAGAAUGAAGGAACUUUGACUUAUACCACGUCCACGGCCUCUGCCCAACCGAGGCUCGAGUUCGAACCAUCCUGCCCCUGAUAAGCAGAAUGGAGAGACCGACCGCUGCUGUCUUGGAAAGCAAUAAAAUGUGUAGAAGGCAUCGAGACAAAUCUGUAUUCAAUAAACCUUUUGAACACGA